AUCUGUUAUUAGGUUUAUUUUUAUUUUGCUAACCAUAAGAGAUGAUCAAUUAAACGAAAGUUUUGAAGUGAUUCAAGUAAAGUGCGCAAAUUUGAAGUUAAAUCUAGUUACAAGAGGCCGCGUUACUACACCCGGCAAUUCACAAUGCACAAAGCUCAAACAUUCCUAACGCACAAUGCUCUCCCUCAAAGGGAUGCGAGGUACGUCAUGGAAAAAAUCAAACAGAUCGUGACAUGGCGGCCCCAUUGCAAUGUGAUGGACAUCGGUUGUGGAACUGGGAAUGUUACGCACGACGUUCUUCUACCAAUUCUACCAGAAUCGACAAAUUCCAUUAUUGGUGUCGACAAGUCAACCGAAUUCGUACAGUAUGCGAAUGAAAAGUACGGCGACAAGAUUGUUUUUGAACAAAUGGAUAUUGUUAACUGCCAAAUUCCCGGAUCGAACUACGAAGAGCAUUUCGAUCACAUUUUCUCAUUCUACUGCCUGCACUUUGUAGGCGAACAGGAUCUCGCCCUAAGGAAUAUUUACAGGUUGUUGAAGCCAGGAGGAGACUUCUUCUUCACCUGCUGCGUACGAUGUAACGGGUUUGAAGCUGUGACAAUUCUGGCCGAAACCGAGAAGUGGAAGCCAUCCGUGUCGGAUUUUCAUAAGUAUCUAUGCCCAUACCAAUUCUCGUCGGAUCCCAAAAAUGUUCUCGAGCGAAUGCUGUUAGAAACUGGAUUCAAAGUUUUACAAUUGAGCAUCGAACCGAGGGAUACCAUGCUGCCGAUCGAGUUCGUUUCCGGAUUUGUGCUGUCGCACUCGCCAAUGGAGUUGCCUAAAGAUUUUCCGUCAGCCUGCGUAGAUGUUUUAAGGGGGUGGAAUGAUGUACACACUAAAGAAGAUAAUAAAGAGUUUGUGUGCAUGAGAUAUCAAAUGAUUUUUGGGCAUGUUGCAAAACUUUAGUCAUGUGUUUUAUAAUAUAUAUAUAUAUAUAUAUGUGUCAUGUUUUAUAGGAACAGGCUGUUUUGUACACGUAAAGAGAAAAAUGUGAAAUUCUAAUAGUUAUUACUAUACAAGACCAUUGAGUGAAAAAUUAUCCUUUCACGAAUUGGUUAGUUAUUGUAUUAUACAA